AUGGACAGCCCCGAGGCAGCGGGUUGCGAUGCCCGCAUGGCGACGCGGGUAGGGCGCCGAGCGGAGCUGCAGCAGCUCUCGAGCGAGCAGGCCGAGUGGAUGCUGUACCGCACGUUGUGUCAGUUCCGACUCGGCUACUUUUCCUUCCUCGUGCUCAUCUGCAUCCUCAUGUUCAGCGUGACGCUCCUCAUGGAGAUCUUCUUUGCCAUUUUCCUGCCCAGCGCCCGACUGGAUCCGUACUUCACACUGCGGUCCAUUGUGCUGCUUGCGCUCCUGCCGCUUGCGCUCGUGUUUUUGUCGUAUUGCUUCGAAGAGUCGAGUCGGCUCUUCCUCGACGCGAUUGAUACGCGAGAAGGCAGUCUGGCCAACUUUCGUCUCUCGCUCUGCGUCUGUAUCCAUUACCUGCGCCACUGGCGUGCAAUGCCGGACGAUCGACUCGAGAGAGCACAGUUUGACGUGUUCAGACGAGACGAUAAGGACCACGAAGCGUGGACACGUCUGGUGAGCUGGAUCACAGCGGGGCCGAGGUACCUGCUGAGCGCGAUCUACACGAACGAUCCGUUCAAUGACGUGGACAAGGAGUCAGAAGACGAGCGACGGUAUGAACUCGAGUUGCUGUUUCAGCGACAACACAGCGAGAAGUGGGGAGACCAGCCCAGCUGUCACUUUGUGCGUCGCCGUAGCAGCAGUCAUAGCAGUCAAAGCAGCAGCAGCAGCAGCAACGACUUGCCAUCGUCCCGAUGGAAACGUGCGUUCCACGUGGCAAGCACGACGGUCAAGUUCAACACUACGCACUUUGACGGCCCGCCGCUGGACUUCUCCACGCUCGUGAUCGCGGACGUGAUCUGUCCAUUCGUGUUCGAGUUUGUCACGCUGUGGACCUUCAUGGUCUCGCUCGUUGCCAACCUGUCGCCGUUGACAGCUUUCCUCGACUAUAUUCAGUGUGGCUUCUACAUGCAAGCACUGUACUUGGGUCUGUGGAUGAUCUGUCACUUUUGUAGCGCGAGAAACCGCAAAAUGAGGGAGUUUGUCAGCAACUAUCGUCGCAGAUAUCGCGACAUGCAGCGAGAGCUACUUGAGACGGAGAACGAGAAGCGGGCAGAGCACCUUUGGCUCGUCAGCAUUGGCUUCCGUGCAGUAGAGCAAUUCCAGACCAGUUUCUUCACGCUUGUUGAAGCGAUUUUCGAGCUCAGUGGGCGUGUCCGCAAGAGAUGUCGCGUUUGCGAAUCAGCAACAAACUGUGCGACGGCAGCAACAACUGACGGAGAAGAUCAACCGCUACAACCCAGUGAUGGCGUACGCUAUCAAGCAGAAUUGAAGACGGAAGUAUUUGUUGAAGGCACGUGCAACCCGAUUGAGGACGCCAACGAGACACAGGAAGCUCUCGAAGGAAAGCAGCGCAUUCGCAACAUUGGCGAGCGCCUGCGUGAGUUGAACCUCUGGUCGAAGUUUUCGUACGAUCGUCGGCUACGGAUCUUGUGCCCCAUGGUCAUUGUGAGUGCCAUCAUCUCGUUCUACGCAUUCUAUGCUGGCUGGGGCAUCAUGGGUGUCUGCCUCAUCCUGCUCGGCGACACAAUCCAGGCCAAGUUCCCUCAGAUCUUCGGCCUUACAUUCAAGUCCUUCAUCACGUUCUUUGUCAUUCUGUCAUUUGUGUUUUUUUCGUCGACAUGGGCCAUUGGAACUUUCGUUCACGGGGGGGACUUCUUCGUACAUCCGCCGACGGCACACUCUCGGCUUGCUCCAGCCAAUCCGUUCACGUUGAAGUCGCCACUAUCACCACUGCACUGGUCAAAGGUCGCGGAGUAUCCCGUGUGCGCACUGGACCUGGAGUCGCUCGACAUCGUGGAUUUCGCCCUCAUCGCAGACGCCAUUUACGGUUGGAACACAGCAGUGCAAAUGCGGUCGUUUGGCCAACGUUUCAACGGCACGGAGCUCGGGGACUGGCAGUACGUCUCGCGCAACGACGAAGCAGCCAACCACCAAGUGUGGGCCGAGCUCUACUUCCCCACGAUCAACAUGACUGUCAUCGCCGUUCGAGGAACAGCUACAGCAACGGAUGCGCUCGAGGAUCUCCACUACUGGUUCGGCGUGAGCAUCAUGCAGGCAGCCAACAUCUUUGUCCCGUUCUUGAAGCAGCUGCCCAGUCAAUUCGUCGUCGAGAUGCUCUCCAUGACGUUCCUGCGAGCUGUCAUGCCUCCUCCCGUGUACUCCGAGUUGCUGCACCACGUGAGUGCUGUGCGACAGCGCGUUGGGACCCGCCUCGUUCUCACGGGCCAUAGUCUCGGAGGCGCAAUGGCCGCUAUGGUGGGUGCCAAGACCCACACACCUGCUGUGUCGUUCUCCGGGCCUGGACUGCUGUACACACGCGGCCGGUUCGACGUCGACGAUGAGUCAAUCCGUGACUACGUGUUGACUGUCAAGCCCCGACGUGAUAUCGUUCCACAGGUCGACGAGCUCGGGGGAAUGGUGCAGGAGAUUGAGUGUCGACGCGACAAUCCACUCGCCUGCCAUAGCACAGUGACACACAUGUGUGAGCUCUAUGCUGCGUGCGGUGACAAGCGCAAGCGGGACUGGUCCAAAGCGACGCAGUGCGAAGCGUAUUUUCACGGCAAGUAG